AUGAGAACCGGCUUAAAACAACUGUCUAAAAUGUAUUUGAUUCUUGUGCUUUUCCUUGUAACAGUUUUAAAUAAUGGAGAUUCAGCGAAGAGCGACAGCGCAUUCAAGUCGAAGGAAAAUUACUGUCCUUAUUUUAAAAAUCGGGCACCCAAGCCUCAGCUAGAUCUCAAGAACUGUACAUGGUACAAAGAGAAAGCUUGUUGUCUUCAGAGCGAAAUAGACCUUAUAUUUCCGCUGGUUCUUCCUCCGCUCGGAGCGAGCGACAAAUGUUUGCGCUACACGAAUUUCUUAAUGUGCUACGUGUGUGCACCGGACCAAAAUUUAUUCUACAAGGACGAAAGAUUGACUGUAUGUGAGUCUUUUUGCGAUAAAUGGUUCGCCGCCUGUGGUACCGCGAAACUUAAAGGAAUGAAAGUCAAGGAUUUGUUUGAGUCUGGAAAAGAUUUUUGCUUGGCAAGGAAAUUUCUGGUUGAAAGUGCAAGUGAGGCAGAUUGUUUCAACUUUGAACAAAAAAUCCUGAGUUCAGCAAUAUCCAGUUUGGUCGCUUUUCCUUCGUUGGGGUUUUCUGGCAUUUCAACGAUAUUGAUACUGUAUGCUAUUUUCUGA